GGGCCUGUUGCCUUCCUGGCCUUUGUUCUCCUUAACUCCAUCCUAACCUGAUUCAGGGUGAGGCAGAGGGGGGUUGGAGGAUGGGUGGGCGGUGACUGGUCUGGUGCUGUGAGUCGUUGGGGGGAUUUGCCCAGGAUUUGUUUUUUUUUUUUAUUAUUUCAGUUUUUUUCUCUACACUUAAGAAGUUUAGAUCAUAGAACAUACUUCAACACAGAGUACAGGCCGUUUUUAGGCAAAAAUUUCAUUAGAGAAUAGAAAUUGACCUUUUCAUCCUCCUGCAAGUCCAUCCUCCACCCCUCGAGGGUCCUUCUCUUCAGGCUUCCACCCUUCUUCUUUAUCCCAGCUAUGCUGAAGGCACCAGAUCCCCUCUAGACCCGUCGAACUCACGGGCGCGUCAUGGCGCAGAAGGCGGCGCGUCGCCGCCGAGGUGAUCCCCGGCUUUAAAAGCGCAGAAGUCGUCAGCGCGCCGGAGCAAUGCGUCAGAGCGCACAGCAGCGCCAGGAUCCCCCGGUACAGGCAGGGAACACGUUUGCGCGCAACACCGUCUCCGCAGAAUGUUGUAAAUAUCCAUCCAAAUAUCUGUGGAGGAGAGCAAUCCUGCGCAAUAACUGAGAAAUAUAUGGGAAGGAAUUUUUCCAGUUUGCAGUUUGACCCACAGUCUGAACGUUUCUUUGCUCAGGAGGAAAAUGAAAUCAGCAGAAGAGGAUGCAUAUGGCUGCGCGCCAAAUGUCAGCCUUUCCCUCCCACUGGGUAGCCCUUGUCUCCCUUCCCAGUUCCACAGCCUGCAGUCCAGCCCCAUUCUAUCUGUGUCCGCCACUGACUCUCCCAGUUAUGACUCCCAAGAAGAAAUGGGAGCAGCCGGUUUCUACUCAUCCUCAGGCGUCCGACCCAAUGGUGCCCCGACCCUGGAGAGCCCUCGUAUUGAGAUCACAGCCUACAGUCAGUUUCCUGAGGAUGACACGGAGGAGAGCAACCUCUCGGUUGCCAAGAGAGUCAACUCCAUUGUGACACUAACCCUCCCCAGCAUAGAUGGUUACCGGGAUCCCAGCUGCCUGAGUCCUUCCAGCAGCAUCUCGUCUCGCAGUGGGCUCUCAGAUGCUUCCUACGAGUCAGGCUUCUCCUACAACAUUGACAACUCUCCCCAGAACUCCCCAUGGCAAUCGCCCUCCGUGUCCCCUAAGGGAUCCACCCUUACUCUCCCUGCUGUAUGUAUGUCCUCUGGCGGCUCCCCUCGGCACACCCCCUCCACAUCACCUCGUACGAGUUUAAUAGAGGACAGCUGGAUGGGGCAGCGGAGCUCAAGGCCCGUUUCACCUUACGGCGCAAAGAGGAAGUACAGUUUCACCGGCUGUCACACAUCGCACCGGCAUUUUCCAUACUCACCCAACCACUCCCCGGGGCCCUCCCUCCACACGUCCCCCCGCCUCAGUGUUACAGAGGACAGUUGGAUGCCAAACACCAACCAGUACACCAACUCUGCCAUCCUGGCAGCCAUCAAUGCCCUGACCACAGAUGGAAUGAGCGACCUCGGCGAGGGAAUCCCCAUGAAGGCCCGAAAAACCAGCCAGGAGCACAGCUCCACCGUCAGCCUCAAAGUGGAGCCUGGAUGUGAUGAACCAAGUUCGGAGGCGCUCUGUAAAGAUGAAAACCCUGCAGUUUGCCAGCAUCUGAAGAAAGAGGACAUCUGUACAGGGCUGAUGGAUAUGCCACAGCACCCAUUCUCCUGGGGAAAACCAAAGCAGUAUCUAAGCUCGUCUCUGCCAGCUCUGGAUUGGCAGUUGCCGUGUACCUCAGGGCCUUACAGCCUGCAGAUCGAAGUGCAGCCCAAGCCUCAUCAUCGAGCUCAUUAUGAGACGGAAGGCAGCAGGGGGGCAGUAAAGGCUCUGGCUGGGGGGCACCCAGUUGUCCAGCUCCUUGGCUACAUGGAAAGUGAGCCUCUGACUUUGCAGCUGUUCAUCGGCACGGCUGACGACAGACUGCUGAGACCCCAUGCCUUCUACCAAGUCCACCGCAUCACAGGCAAGACCGUGUCCACGUCUAGCCACGAAGCCAUGCACAACAACACCAAAGUUCUGGAGAUCCCGCUGUUGCCAGAGAACAACAUGCGGGCCGUAAUCGACUGUGCUGGCAUCCUGAAGCUGCGUAAUUCCGACAUAGAAUUGAGGAAGGGCGAGACAGACAUCGGACGCAAGAACACGCGCGUGCGGAUGGUUUUCAGAGUCCACAUCCACCAGGCCACCGGCAGGACGGUGUCUUUGCAGGCUUCCUCUAAUCCCAUCGAGUGUUCCCAGAGAUCAGCUCAAGAGCUGCCGCUGGUGGAAAAGCAGAAUCUGGAAUCGUGCUCCGCCCUUGGAGGCGUGAAGAUGCUCCUGGAAGGACACAACUUCCAACAUGACUCCAAAGUGGUGUUUCUGGAAAAGGCUCAAGACGGUCACCACCUGUGGGAAAGUGAGGCCAGAGUUGAGAGGGAUCCCUCCAAGCCUAAUAUUCUGCUGGUUGAAAUUCCACCGUACAGAACCCAGAGACUUACUGGUCCAGUCAACGUCAGCUUUUAUGUCUGCAACGGCAAGAGGAAAAGAAGCCAGUACCAGCGCUUUACAUACGUUCAUCCAAGCGUUCCUACAAUAAAGACGGAGCCGCAUGACGACUUUAAUGCUCCUCUGAUUUGCGCCCAGCAGGCUUCAGGCCUUUCAAAGCCAUUAUACCCCCAACAAGUCCUGACCUCAACAAGUCCUGAUCCUAGGUCGUGUGUUGUGGGAGGGGCUUACCCUGUGAGCCAGCAAAGUCCAACGGCCAAGUCUCCCUCCUUGCCUUUCUCGUGUUCUGCAAGCACAAUCUCCAAACUAUUUGAGCUGUCGUCAUCGCCCUUCAGCAAGUGUCUCUCUGCCUCCCCAUCACUCCAGCACCCGGAGGUGCAGGUUCCAAUCCCUCACAUCUCCAUCAUCCAGGAGACUUCUGUGCGCCCUCACUCUUCAAAUCUCUAUCCACCCAACAGCUCCUCUUCCCCUCCAACCUUACAGCCGUCCCCACCAAAUGACACUACGUUUUCUCAGAACCAUCCAAUGACACCAUCUCAACCCAACUCAGGCCCCCAGGAGCUUCCAAAUGAGGAUGCAUUGUUGGAGCAGAAGGAGGGAAACCCUGAAGGACUGGCUGUUAGCAUCAAGAAAGAACCACAAGAACUGGACCAGAUUGACCUGGAUGACGUCAAUGAGAUCAUCAGGAACGACCUAUCUGCAGUCUCAGUCCAAAGCCAUUCGUAGUCGCACACAGGUAACAAGAGAAGCUUUGAUGCUCUCAGAUGGACUGCUGGAUGCUGGAAGAAGAAACGCAAAAACAAGUGCUUUCCAGAGCGAGCAGGGUUCAACCGUGCCUUUGGUUCUACAAAUUUCCUGGAAUUUAUCUCACCAACAGCACAUACUGGUAAUUUGACAAACAGUGUAGCAUCCAAGCCACUCACAAAAUGGUGCUUCAAGUGGACCAACAUUUUUGUUAGUGUGUAUUGUGUAAAUGAAUGGUUUGUGUAUAUAUAGCACAUUUUGCAUAUCUGCCUUUGAGAGAAUAUUAGAGUGUCAGUGCCCUUUUGACCUAUGGUAAAGUUAAUCUCCAACAUGCAAUAAAUCCUAAGCAAUAAAGGUCUGAAGAAACUUGAAUGACAAGGCAGAGUUGAAAACUUUUAAUUUUUUUUAAAGCCCAGCCAGAAAAAGGUUAGAGGUCAAAAAAAAGCCAUAUUUUAAGGGUGAGCUGUGACUGUCACAGUCACUGUCAUCUUUAAAAAUCUUCAGUCAAAGUUUGCUAACAUAGCAUUUUCCGCCUCCCGACGCAUUGCAAAUUUACCUGAAAUGCAUAGUUUUGUUGCAGGCACGAUCAAUGUUUAAUAUAAAAUGGUAUGUUCAUAACCUUCCGACAUACUAUUCCAUUAGCACAAGACUCUACCUGUUGGUUUUAUGCAGUUUUGCUCUGGGUCUGGCAUUUUUCUUUCUUAUAUGAGGGUUAAAGUUUACACUAAGAUCUUUAGCUCUGGUUUUAAACUUGGAGAGUCUGAAAAAAAGACAAUAGCAGAGACAUUUCUGCUGCUAAACUGUUGCAGAACAAAUCUGUACAUUUAUUAAUGACCCCAGACUGCCUUGCUACCAAUUAUUUAGAAAAAUACAGAAUGUUCUUGAAGUAGCCAAGCAAAGUAAAACAAGGAUUCAUUUGCUUUCCUGUUCAGCAAAAAAGACAAUAUGACAAAGAGUAGACGUUUCUGAAGGAACUGUACCGGUUUGUGUCUGCGUGUGUGUUAUGGAAAACUGUUGUGUUCAAAUAAGCCCUAAAACUCAUCUUGCAGCUCUACUUUAAUUAGCUUCAAUUACUGAAACUAUUUAAGAGUUUAAAGGGUGUGUGAGUCCUAGUCUAACACAUCUAGAUCUACAUUUGUAAGUUUUGACAACAGAUCUACUGUCUGCAUGCACUCAAGAAUUUUUUGGGGUCACUGUAAUCAAGUGAUGUGUAGGGUUUUGUGCUCAGGUUCAAGCAGAGGUGGGUAGUGUCCAAGUAUUACUCAAGUAAAAGUAGCCUUAGUUCAUUAAAGAUAUUGCUCUAGUAAAAGUAAAAAGUCAAUGCAAAUGAUUGCUCGAGUAAGGGUAAAAAAUGUAAGUGGGGACAGGAGUGCUAACAGUUUGAAAUGAUGUGGUUUAGAUUAAAAUGCAGAUUUGCAGAUGCAGACCUUUUAUUUUAAAAUAACUAAUGAUGCUUUCAGUGUCAACGGUCAGGGGUGAAUUACCGUACUUCAUACUGGCCCUGGCUUAUGUCUACCUUUAAUGCAGUAAAAUUCCAAUAUGGACAUUUGCACUGACUUUAUUGUGUUUCUCUAAAAUAAACGGCUCAAAAGUUUAAAACAAAAAGUAUCUAGAGAGUUAUAGCCCAAUGUGACUGAGUGAGAGUACUGGCUGUCAUCAGAAACCUAGCUGAGUAAAAGUAUGCUGCAGAAAACGUCUUCAAGAAGUACAAUUUUUACCAAAAGCUACCAAACUAAAGGUAAUUGAGUAAAUGGAAUAUGUUCCAUCCACCUCUGAAAUUAAGUGACACAAUAUUUACUGUAUUAUUAAGUUCUUAAAGCCUAAAAUAGUUUUAUUUUUGAAGUUUUUCAUCAGACAUAUAUAUUUGUGUUUCCCAAAGAACAACUUGCAGGCAGCCCUUGUGUCUUAAAGAAUGUAGAAACAGUUCCAGGUGAGAUUCCAAAGAAAAUGUCACAGUGAUGGGCAGCAAUACCAACAUUUCUGUUUAUUUUUGUACAUUAUUAUUUAUUCUCUGUGCAUGUAUUUUCAUCCUUACAGACUUAUCUACGCAAGUGACAGCAAAUCUUUACUGUUUGCUUGUUAAAAAAAUGAUGAUAAUCUCUUGAAAGUUUUUUUUUUUAUAUUUAUGGAUCUUAACUUUCUAAAGAGCACGAGGGGCCAUUCUGACAAAGUUUACUGAUGAGGUUCUGGAAAUACCACAUCAAUAAGUUGCUGUUUUUGUAAAUGAAUAAAGAUGCCUUCUUCUCUUUUU